UAGAAAUGUACAUAGGCAUAUGUCUUAAUAGACUUCCACAUUAUUGAGGGGUUUUUUGUUUUGUUUUGUUUUUUAGUUUUUUUGGUUUUAUUUUUAAAUUUAGUUAAGGCUUUUUUGCUUGCUUUUUCUUCAAUUUAAUUUUCCUUUUUUACAUUUUAAUUUUGGUUAUUUUGGGGCCAUUUUUUGAUUUUGUUUUUUCAAAGGACGCGGAUUCUGAUAGCGGGGACGAUUCUGACAAGAGGUCGUGUGAAGAGAGCUGGAAACUGAUUACUUCUCUGAGAGAAAAACUACCUCCCAGCAAGUUGCAAACCAUUGUUAAAAAAUGUGGCCUCCCCAGCAGUGGGAAGAAACGUGAACCAAUUAAAAUGUAUCAGAUACCCCAAAGAAGGCGCUUGAGUAAAGAUUCCAAGUGGGUCACGAUCUCAGAUCUUAAAAUUCAGGCUGUCAAAGAGAUUUGCUAUGAGGUUGCUCUCAACGACUUCAGGCACAGUCGGCAGGAGAUUGAAGCCCUGGCCAUUGUCAAGAUGAAGGAGCUUUGUGCCAUGUAUGGCAAGAAAGACCCCAAUGAGCGGGACUCGUGGAGGGCAGUGGCCAGGGACGUCUGGGAUACCGUCGGUGUUGGGGAUGAGAAGAUCGAAGACGUCAUGGCCACCGGGAAAGGCAGCACUGAUGUAGAUGACCUCAAGGUUCAUAUAGACAAGCUGGAAGAUAUUUUGCAAGAAGUCAAAAAGCAAAAUAACAUGAAAGAUGAGGAGAUAAAAGUCUUAAGAAAUAAAAUGCUCAAAAUGGAAAAAGUCUUGCCACUGAUUGGAUCUCAGGAACAGAAAAGCCCAGGAAACCACAAAGCAAAGGAGCCUGUUGGUGCUGGUGUUAGUAGCACCUCUGAGAAUAAUGUAAGUAAAGGAGACAAUGGAGAACUUGCAAAAGAAGAACGUGUUUCCCAGCUGAUGAAUGGGGAUCCAGCUUUUAGACGUGGACGUCUGCGUUGGAUGAGGCAAGAGCAAAUUCGGUUUAAGAACUUGCAACAGCAGGAGAUAACAAAGCAGCUUCGUCGUCAGAAUGUACCUCAUAGAUUCAUCCCUCCUGAGAACCGGAAGCCCCGCUUCCCCUUUAAGAGCAACCCUAAACACAGAAACUCUUGGAGUCCUGGGACACAUAUCAUCAUAACAGAAGAUGAGGUUAUAGAGCUUAGGAUUCCAAAAGAUGAUGAAGCAAGGAAAGGGAAUAAAGAAGAGAGCCAAGAAAAAGGGGGUAAAGGAACUUUUAAGGAUCCCCAGUUUCCAUGGGGCUCUCAAGGAAUGAGAAGUCAAGAUCAUAUCCAAGUUAGCAAGCAGCACAUUAAUAAUCAGCAACAGCCACCUCAACUACGUUGGAGAAGCAAUUCUCUCAAUAAUGGCCAGCCGAAAAGUACACGUUGCCAGGCAUCUGCCUCUGCGGAGUCAUUAAACUCCCACAGUGGUCACCCCACUGCUGAUGUGCAGACUUUCCAGGCAAAGCGCCAUAUUCAUCAACACCGUCAGUCUUACUGUAAUUAUAACACUGGAGGUCAGUUAGAGGGCAGUGCGGCCACUUCCUGUCAGAGGCAGACUGACAAACCCAGCCACUGUAGCCAGUUUGUGACACCUCCGCGGAUGAGGAGACAGUUCUCAGCACCCAAUCUCAAAGCUGGUCGAGAAACCACAGUAUAAAUCAGUUACUGGACAAACUUGAAAUCAUGGUGGAAGAAACAGACAGUGUUAGCUCGUGAUUUGAUUUGGUUCUACCUUUGGCCUUGAGUUCUUAUUAUUUACAUUAUAAAUAUUAACUGGUUUUAUAUUGUUAAGACAAAACACUGGUAAAAGUUUCAACACCUCCCUUUUGCUUGUAUACCAUAAAUGGGCAGUUUUUGAAAUUUUGGAUAAAGCAUCAAGAACUUUUUCUGAAAUGUUCCUCCUUUUUAGUGCCUAGAUAAUUAAUAUACUUACUUACACAGACUUGUCCCAUCUUGAUGUAAGUUUGUUAUGUUUUUAUAAUGCCUAUAAAUUAAUCUGACAUCCAGAAAGACCUGCCUCUUAGUUUAUGCAGACAUUCAAAAGGAGAAUUUGAUAAGCAGAAUUAAAUGUCUGUUAUUCUUCAUAAAUGUUAGAAAUUGGUUUAAAAAUAAUAACAUGCAACUGGAUGGGCACAACUUUGGAUUUCUCAUCCAUGUCUGUUCCCUUUUUAAAAUAUAAUUAGAAUUUUCAUAAGCAAAAACUAAAGGUCUUCAAACAUAUCUUGCCAUACAUAGCUUUGCAUCUUCCACAGAACUUCCACGUCUUCUUUUAUUCUGUAUUUUACAAGAAACUCAUACAAUGUUUUUUUUCUUUUGAAUGUAUCAGAAUAUGUAUGAAAUUUGUCAUACCAGAAUCUAUAAAUUGGCACUGUGUCUGGGAUUCUGUUUGUGGUUUGCAUUUUGAAGUUCAGUGUGUCAUUUGACACACAUACACACAAAGUGAACUAUUCACCAAAAUCAUGCCAACAGAAAUACCAACAAAAAACUUGUAUAGUUUGUAAGGAGGUUAUUUGGCCUGAGAGGGAAGAGGUGGGACAUGGGGACAAAGCUACAGCAUAUGGCUCUGUGGUGCUGCUUUUUUCCAAUAGUUGAUGAAAUAGUGAAAUAAAAGUUAACUUUGGUUGGGCUUGGAAUAAAGGAGAUGAUACAUAAUAAACUAUUCUUUGGUUAGCAGUAGUAAUGCUCGUAGACACUCAAACAAGGAAGGCGAAGUCCUGAUGAUCGAUCAUUUAUUGCAUCAAUACCUCAUUUUAUUUGGUUGUGGUCUCAGUUUGCCUCACUGGAGAAUCCACUAAGAAAGAUGGAUUUUAAUGGGAAGAAAAGAAUUAUUUUUCUACAUCGUUCCUCAUCUCUUGAGUUUGUCAAAAACUUUUCUAAGAGGCAAUAUGAAGAGCCAGAGAUGUCUGAAAUUGCCUGACUUCAUGUUCUGGAAGAUUCCUAAGUCACAUGAAAUCAUCUAUCAAACACUUUUCUUCCAAAUGGUGUGAAAAACUACAGCCAAGAUAGCAGUUAGCAUUCAAGGAAGCCUUAAAGAUUGUGAUUAUGUAUUUUUUUCCUUUGCGUGUGGGCACUGUGCUUUAUUAGAACACGUUAUUUUUAAUCAUAGUAUUUUUUCUUUGCCUCUAAGAAAAUACUUCCUUAAUGCACAGAAAGUUGCUUCCAAUUAAUAUUUUUCCCCUUAAAAAGAGAAGCUUUGAGAGAUAUUUUUGCUUUCAUAGCUAGAACAGUUGAAGUCUUCAACUGAGGUUUUAUGGCAGAUGAGACAUGGGUAAAUGAUGUCUGUAAUGGGUUGACUUACUGAGAUGACAAUCUCCUGUGCCAUUUGGUUUGAAUGUACUUGAGAGGCUGCUUCAAAUCAGUCACUUCAAUGCAUUUUGUGUAAACCCGGUUGUCCUUUUUUAUUCCUCUUUAGACAUAAAUGUGCUAACUAUUCCUUUCUAGACACAAUUUAUUUUCUAAGAUUAAAAAUAAUAAUUGCUAGGUUUGGUGGCACACGCCUACAGCCCCAGCUACUUGGGAGGCUGAAGCAGCAGGAUCCCUAGAGCCCAGGAAUUCUGAGCUGUGGUGCACUAUGCCGGUUGGGUGUAAGUUUGGCAUCAAUAUGGUGAUCUCCCUGAAGCGGGAAACCACAAACUUGCCUAAGGAGGGGUGAACCCAGCCCAGAUUGGAAAUGGAGCAGGCCAAAACUCCCAGGCUGACCAGUAAUGGGAUCUUGCCUAUGAAUAGCCAGUGCACUGCAGGCUGGGCAACAGAGUGAGAACCUGUCUU